AUGAUACCCACUCCAGAGUUCACUCCACUGUCCUCUUUAGAGUGGACUUUUUCGACUAGUUUCCCCAUACAAUAUCGAGUUCUCAUAAUUGCAACUAUUGGACUUUGGGCAUGGGGAAGCAAUAUACAAAUACUUUCAUGGGCCUCUAUAGACGCACAAGCACUCCUAACGGGGGACAGAAAAAAAAACUCUCACAAGCCGAUUUAUAAGUUGGCAUUAUUUAUGUCCAUAUGGGUUUUGUUAAAUUUAUUUGCAUAUUGGCAAACACGAUGGGAUGAAAGAAUGCGAUUUAUUAGGUGUUUCCAAAGGGUGAUAUUUUCUGGACUUGAUUCGGAAGUCUAUUUUAGUGAUAAAAUAUUGGCAGAUAUAAUGACAAGUUAUGCAAAAGUAUUUGGUGAUUUAUAUGAGACUAUGUGUAUUUUAUUUAUUUAUAAUGAGAGUCAGGAUAUGGGAAAUAGAUACUAUGGUUAUGUGAUCGGACCAUUAUUCACAAGCAUUCCGUACUUUAUUCGAUUUAAGCAGUGUAUUGCAGAAUACCUACAAUCUAAAGAUCCUAAAAAAUCUGGCCGCAUACAUUUAUUUAAUGCGCUCAAAUAUUGUUCUGCUUUUCCAGUAAUAUUGUUUUCCGCAUUACAAAAACGGGAUAAAUACGAAGUGUUUGAUACUACGUCAGCCACUUGGAUUACUCCAUCAACCAUAUUUAACCUAUGGAUUAUUGCCGUUGCAGUUAAUUCAAUGUAUUCUUUCUAUUGGGAUGUUGCAAUAGAUUGGAAGCUCUCAUUUUUUACUCCGCACAAAUCUAAACUUCGUCAACGCUUUAGCUUCGAAAAAUCUAUAUAUUAUAUUGCCAUAUUUCUUAACUUUUUGCUUCGAUUCACAUGGUCACUAAAACUUUCUUCACACUUACAUAUUAUUGAUCAUUUGAAACCUAGCGUGUUUUUGAUGGAGUGUUUGGAAGUCACUAGGCGUUGGAUAUGGAUAUUUUUUAGACUUGAGAGUGAAACGAUGGAAAAUAGCAAAGAUCAAUAUGUACCUCUUCAAAAUACAUCUUAA